AUGUCUCGAGUGGCUCUAUCUAGCAUCCGUUCACUUACUUUGUACAAAGACGAACCCACCAGAGCUCGCCGUCUUCCGCCUAUCAAUCAGCUUAAGUGUGUCGGCAAGGCGUGCAAACUAUUCCAACCUGAUGUCGUUCGCUGUUAUAACAAUGGUGGAAGCGGAACGGAGAUCGAUUGGACAUGUGAGGCAGACCUACCAGAGAAGCUGAGAUUCGGAAGAGUCGACGUGUCAUGCGAAGGAUAUGAUCACCCUGGAGAUCCAUACGUACUCAAAGGAUCAUGUGGACUGGAAUACCGCCUGGUGAAUAUCUCUGACAACUACACUGGCAGUAGCUGGUUCCAAAACAUGACAUGGAGCGACAUCCUAGAACGCAUCUCUAUCUAUUCUAUCGUCUUCCUCAUAAUCUACAUCCUCUUCAAACCAUACAUCUUACGAUUCCUAAACUGGCUCAAAAAUCUCUUCAGCGACAGCGGAAACCAUACAUACCCGCCCUCAUCUUCAUCUAGGCCAAAUUUCAGUGAGUUCCAUUCCGGUGGACGCGGCGGACCUCCACCUCCACCUCCAGAUUACCCACCUCCCCCACCUUACUCCGCUCAACCCAAACCAUACUGGAGUUCCUGGUGGCCCAACUGGGGUUGGGGCUCAUCGAACUCAUGGUUCUCACCAACUUCACCAAAUCCACCAUCCGCAUCUUCUUCCGGUCCAGGUUUCUGGAGCGGCCUGGGCCUAGGAAGCCUCAGCGGACUCGCCGCCGCACGUAUGUUCGGUGGCGGAGAACGGGGACCAUAUUACGCAGACCAGGCUUAUGCUCAACGCGAGUAUGACUGGGAACGCGAACGUCGUUUCCGUGGAGGUGGAUUAUUUGGCUCAUCCUCGUCCUCCUGGUUUUCUCCAGGUCGUUCUUUUUCUUCCCCGCGUACGCGUGUGGUCCGAACUCCGCCGAGUAAUGAUGAUCGGGGUGAAGGACCUUCGAACCUUGGUUCUAUUCGGAGGAGUAGGGGGUAUGGUACGACUAAUGUGCGGUGA